AAUGUCGCUGCCCGUUGUGCUCUCACAGACGCCAUAGUAGGACAGAUACAAUGAUGUCUAUAUAAGUAUAUGGUCUAUAGUCAUUCCAAACCGUGUGACACUGGACGUUGCUAGGGGGGCAGUCUUUCACACUGGUCUGUGUCUACUCACUCUCUCGUUGCUUCCGCGCGCAAUGACUUUCAAAGUGCUAACGCAAGCUAGAAAGCAAAAAGCACAUUGGUUGGAAAACCGGGGCGGGUAGCUUGUCCACACAGAAACUCGACGACGAAGUGUCAAAUUGUCUCUGAGCGCUGCUGGUUAGCUUAAUUUCGAAAUAGCGGUACUUUUGGCGACAAACGUGAAUCGAUAUUUGGAGCGAGCAGUAAUGAGGCAGGAGGAUUGACAGAGGAAGCAGGUGUCUCAGCGGAGCAUUGGGGAAGGAGGCGGGAGGAGGAGGACAGGAUGCUUGAGGAGGCAGGCCAAGCAGGGACUGAGGCGGAGAGAGAUGAGAUGGAGAUGGGGGGCAUGGACCUGAGGGCGGAGGUGGUGAGGCUGAAUUUGGAGCUCCAGGAGGCCAACGAGGAGAAACUACAGGCGGCCCGUUAUGGCUUGGUGGUGCUGGAGGAGAGCGCUGAACUGAAGAAGAAACACACCCAGCUGGAGGAGGAGUACGAGACCCUCAAACAGGAGCAACAGCAGCUCAAAGAGGCUCUGUCAGACUCUGUGACCCACCACAAGCGAGCAGCAGCAGAUGGGGAAACCCGGGAGGAGUGCCUGCUGCAGGAGACUGCCAGCAAGGAGGCUGCCAUGGCAACCAGCAUGGCUGAGCUGCAGGCUGAAUUACGGCAGGUGCGCAUCACUCUGGGCAAUGCUCACGCAGAGAUCGACCGACUGGCUGGCCUCUCCUCCCAGCUAAAGAAGGAGUGUGAGUGUUGGGAGGCGGAGAAGGGCCACAUGAGGAAUGAGAUGAAGGAGUAUAAGGUGCGGGAGCUCCGGCAGCUCCAGGACAACAGUGAGCUGGAGGAGGAGAACACCUGUUUGCAGAAACAGGUGUCUGUACUCAAGGAGAACCAGGUGGAGUUUGAGGCGGUGAAGCUGGAGCUCACCCACAAGGAGGAGCAGGACGAGGUUCUCCGGGCCCAGCUGGAGGAGGCGGCGCGGCUGAGGGAGAUCGCCGAGCGUCAGCUGGACGAGGCCCUGGAGGCUCUGAAGGAGGAGAGGGAGCAGAAGAACAGCCUGAGGAGGGAGCUCUCGGCCCUGGCCCUCAACCCCUUCGACUCUGUGGGCCACCUGGAGCUGCAGCUGGAUGACAGUGGGGAUAGCGGAGGGGGCCAAAGGAGCUCUGAGGACCAGGACAGCGGUUACAACAAUGGUCCAGGGUCUGGUUGCGCUCCUACUAACCCUAACCCCAAGGCCAACGGGCACAUCCAGCGCUUCUCCACCCCCAGGAACAGUGAUGUGUUCCUGAGGCCUGCCCCUGGCCUGGUGUCUGACCUUCUCAGUGAGCUGCACCUCUCAGACAGCCAGAAGCUCAAACAGCAGCUCAUGCAGGCUGAGAGGGAUAAGACUGGUCUGGCCAACACGGUCCAGGACCUCCAGAGGCAGUUGGAGCUGUCCCAGCAGGCCUUCAGUGAGCAGGAGGACCAGGUGGGCUCCCUGACCCAGCAACUGGAGGCCGUGCAGUUGCAGAAACACAUUCUGCCCCAGGGGAAGCAAGCAAGCGACCAGGGGGACAGCAGCAGCAGGACCCUGGAGAAUGGGGCGGAUGACUACGACUAUGAGCUGGACAUGAAGAGCACGGAGAUGCUGGAGGCCCGGAUGAAGGCGGCCGGCGAGGAGCUGCUGAAGCUGCGUGAGGAGCUGUCCCAGGCGGGGAAACGUUAUUCGGCUCUGGAGCAACGCUGCCGGCAGGAGAAGGAGAGGUGGAGGGGAGAGGCCCAUGAGCUGGCUGAGAAGAUCCGCCAGUGCAUCAAGUCCAGCCGGCAGGACCAGGAGCGCAUCAGCGAGCUGGAGAAAGAGAUCGGAGCGACGAGGAAAGUGGCUACUGAUUCUGAAGGUCAUCUCAGCGUGGCACAGGAGGAACUGCUGGCCUUCUCUGAGGAGUUGGCCAACCUCUACCACCACAUCUGUGUGUGCAACAACCUCACGCCCAAACGUGUCACCCUGGACUACUACCGCGAUGGGGCCAGGGGCCAGUCAGGGGGGAGUGGAGGGAGGUCCAACCACCUUCACCCCCACCCCCAUCACGGACGUAACAAGCGCCGCUCCAAUGAGUUGUUUGCGAAAGCAGUGCACGGAGGGGAUGGAGAUAGUAGGCCUGGUACUCCCCAGGACUCCCGUGACAACUCUCCCUCGCCACGCUGCUCCUCCCCCGCCCCAGUCUUCCCUGGCUCCCCUACACUGGACUUCAGGGACCCCUCCAACGUACGUAACCUGGUGGCUGUCAUCCGCUGCCAGAUCAAACACCUCCAGGUGGCGGUGGACCUGUGUCGCCAUCGGGGCACGCUGCCCUAUUCGGGAGGGAUCAGCUGUGGAGGGGAGCUGGAAAGCGAGGCUCUCGUGGAGGAGGUGCUGAAGCUCAAGUCUCUCCUCAGCACCAAGAGAGAACAGAUCGCCACUCUCAGGACGGUCCUCAAAGCCAACAAACAGACAGCAGAGUUGGCUCUGAGCAACCUGAAGACCAAGUACGAGACAGAGAAGAGCAUGGUGUCUGAGACCAUGGUGAAGCUGAGGAAUGAGCUUAAGGCCCUGAAAGAGGACGCUGCCACCUUCUCCUCACUGAGGGUCAUGUUCGCCAGCCGGUGUGACCAGUAUGUCACCCAGCUGGAUGAGAUGCAGAGGCAGCUAGCAGCGGCGGAGGAUGAGAAGAAGACCCUGAACUCCCUGCUCCGCAUGGCCAUCCAGCAGAAGCUGGCCCUGACACAGCGCCUGGAGGACCUGGAGGCCCCUCUGUCCCCCCACAGCUUCGGCAACAGCCCUCGCCGUGCCAGGGCCAGGGAGCUGGGCACCAAGACGGGCCGGGCCCCCCGGAGCCCCCGGCGCAACAGCCCCGUACGGAGCAGGAACAGCCCCCGCUCCAGCCCAGUCCUCACCAACAGUGUGUCCAGCACCGCCAGCCACCACUUCCGAGCCCUCACCCGCAGCCUCCACACCAGCCCUCGGUAAAACCUGUCAGUCAUCACGAUCACCCCAACCCCCCAGUCCUCCAUGUCGACCUCCUGAAACAAACGCCUUCCCUUCCUCCUGAA